ACAACCCCCGAAUUUAUAUAUACACUCGAUGUGAAACAUACAUCACAUAUAAUGAUACUGCAAUUCUCUUACUAGACAUCAAUAUGACACACAUUGCCCCGGCAGCCAAUUCGGUGAAAGUGAUAGAAAAUUGCCGAGUUUCGCCGCCAUCAGGUGCGGUGGCCGAUCAGUUCCUCCCCCUCACUUUUUUCGACAUUCAAUGGCUACCACUACCUCCUCUCCAAAAGCUUCUCUUCUACGAGUUCCAUCACUCCAAGGCUCAUUUCAUAGAGACCCUCAUUCCGCAUCUCAAACACUCACUCUCUCUCACUCUCAAACACUUCUUCCCUUUCACUAGUAACAUGAUCAUUCCCUCGUCAAAUUCUAGCAAGCCACAAAUCCGUUACGUGGAGGGUGACUCAGUUUCAGUAACCUUUUCCGAGUCUAGUGACGAUUUCAAUUACCUUACCGGAAAUCAACCACGAAAUGCUGAUCAAUUUUAUCCCCUCAUCCCUCAGAUACCAGAGAUUUAUAGUACCAAUGUGUCCGGUUCCGGGACAAUAGUAGUUGUCCCACUUGCAGCUCUACAGGUCACGGUUUUUCCCGAGUCCGGCAUUUGUUUCGGGUUCGCCUACCACCAUGUUCUGGCUGAUGGUAAGGCCUUCAACUGUUUCAUGAAGUCAUGGGCUUCCGUUGCUAAAUUUGGCGGUGAUGCUGAAUUGUUAGCUGGUGGGUACCUCCCAUUUUGUGACAGGACUAUGAUAAAAGACCCAACUGGGUUAGAUACAAUAUUUUUGAGCCAAGUUUGUGGAGAGAGGAAACUUGAAGAGCUGUGUCAAACUCAAUGCCCUCCCAGGAGCAGCAACAACAAUGUUCGAGCCACAUUUGUCAUAUCCCGAACCGAUGUUCAACGACUCAAGGACUCGGUCAUGGCUCAUCGAGGGCAACAACAUUCAACCGUACCAUUAUUACAUGUAUCUACGUUCACUGUAACAUGUGCCUACAUGUGGGUUUGCAUUUUAAAAACACGCGCAAGCACGAGCGUGGACAAGGAUGUUGAUGAAGAAGAUGAAUUGGAUCACUUUGUUGUUGCGGCAGAUUGUCGAGAACGAUUGGAUCCACCCAUACCCGCAACUUACUUUGGUAAUUGCUUAGCACCUUGUUUUGUAACGGCAAGACAUGGCCAACUAAUGGAAGAAAAAGAAGGCUUUUUUGUAGCUGUAGAGUUGUUUGGAGAGGCCAUUGACAAAAGGCUUCACAAAGGCGAGCCAGAGGGAGUGUUAAAAGCUUCAGAGACUUGGCUGUCCGAUUUUAACAAUUUGAAUAUGCGCAGACUGAUGUCGUUAACAGGGUCACCCAAGAUCGGCAUCUACGAACCGGAUUUUGGGUGGGGAAGGCCACGAAAGAGCGAAAUUGUUUCAAUAGAUAUUACGGGAGGUUUCUCCAUCAGUGAGUGUAGAGAUUCUCAAGGAGAUGUGGAGUUUGGCGUGACCUUCCCAAAGAUCGCCAUGGAUGCUUUUGCUUCAAUUUUUGCUAAUGGCCUUAAGCUUCUGUAAGCAUUUAACAAGUUUUUUUUCAAUAAACUGUUCCAUCAACCCAUUGACAGAUAGUGUUGUAGUGUGUAACAUGUGAGAUAUUAAUUUUGUGAUUGAUAAAUUUCGGGGUUAAAA